GGUGUUAGGACCCCUUUGACGAACGAGGGAAAGUUCAAACAAAACAGCACUUAUUUUUACAAAACAGUGAUUUAAUAUCUAGUGUAAUGUAUAAACCACUUUCUUUAUUAGAUAGAUGGAUCCAAGAAAACAACGAGCUGGUAAACAAAUGGAAGCAGCAAGAAAGAGGAGGAGAUGCCUCAAGCCGAGACCAGAGCCAGACCCAUCUGAGAUUGUGUUCCUCUGAGUUUCACAAACUUUUAAUGAAAAUCCAAGGUAUCCCUCCUCUUGCAGAUCACACACAGUUGGAGCUGACAGUGGUGUACAAUGCCUGUGUGUGUUCUGUAGCUCAGUCUCACUUCUCAGAGGCUGAGCUGUUGCUCACACGAGCCACAGAGAGAGUUCUCCAGAUGUCAGGAGUUGACUUUGUUGCUUCAGACCCUUCUGUGUUUUGGAGAACAGUUCUCAAAUCAGUGGGAAACACCGCUUUGAAUCGCUUUGUACUGUACCUCCUCUGUCUGCAGUGGGCAAUUUGGCUGUCAACUUGUCAGCUGAAAACUAUACAGGUUUUUCAGGAUGAGCUGUUCUCUGUGUUUGAGAGACUCUCUGCUGGAGUUCCUGAUGAUGGGAAGAGUGAGCCAAAGGGAAAGUCCUCUGAUUUUCCACUGCUGGUGAUGGACCCAAGAAUUCUUAUUGAAUUAUUGCAGAUCUGCACUUUGAUUGCCCAAGGUGCAGAAAGCUUGAGUGAGGGCCGGAGUUCAGAGGCGUUGUCUGGUCUGCAGACAGCUUCCUCCCUGCCUGCUCCCAGAACUCUAGUAGCGUACACACACCUCCUCUCAGGCCUUUGCCUCGCCCAUAUGAGCCGCCCUCAGAUGGCGUUGCAGUGUUACAGGAAAGCACUGGAGACAGACUCCCAGUGUGUGUGUGCUCUGUACCAGAGCAUGCUCAUCUACAGACAGCUUGGCAACACACAGACUGAGAUACAAGCGCUUCAUUUGCUGCACUCAACUUUGAUGUUACCCUCUGCCACAGAGCCUGCUCCGGCUGGUGCUCAUCUCCUCUCUCCGUCCCUACUGCUGCACAGCCAAUCAUUGAGCAGCCUGCUCUCAGUUCCCUCUGCCCUCUCUGUCCUUCACAGCCUAGCCUUGAAGUGUGUGCUCCAUGGCAGGGUGUCAGAGGGUGUAGAAUAUUAUUUGGACCUGCUGGCUGCUCUUCACUCAGAAGAUCAACAUGGAAUGCAUGCUGAGGGCCCUCCCCUCCCAAGGUUGCCCGAGCUUUACCUGCAGGCUGGCGCUGCCUUGCUCACGGCCCAGCGGCCAGCUGAUUGCAUGGCACUGUGCGAUGAAGUCAUCACUACAACACUGGACCUGCUGCCAGAGAAGUUGGUGUUGGAAGAGCCAGAAGAAAAGUGUGAGGCUCUGUGUGCAGAGGGUGAGGAUAGGGUGGCGACGGUGCUCUGGGCGGGGGCUGCCUACAUGCUCCAGGGUCACUGUCACGCUCACCUGAAGGACUGGAAACAAGCUGUGACUCACUACACAAGAUGUGUGAACCUGCUGGGGAAAGUGUGCUUUAAAAAGAGAGGUUUCCAACCACAGAUUCCCACUGCAGAUAUGGUUGGCAAGCAGGGGAUAGAUCUGUGUGUCCUGCAGAGGCUGAAGGGGCUCUCACUAGCUGGCAGGGGCAUCAGCUUCAUUCAGACAGACCAACUUAGAGAGGCACUGAGAGACCUCCAGCUCAGCAUGCAUGCAUUCCCAGGAGUCUUUCUGUGUACCUACAGGAACCCCAGUCUGGCCCUAUGUUGGACUCCACAGAGCUGCACCAGCGAAUACAGGAACUUGGUCCUUCUUUUUAGCAUAGAGAGACAAAAGAAGAAUACCCUAUCACUUACUGAACAGGAUCAACUUUCUCUGGCCUGUGAACUGAAACCCAUACGAACAACAAACACACAUCUACUGGGUCUACAAAAUAAAGAAUCUUGAAAGGGCUUACAGUGUUUGAAAGUGAGAGCAUGGUGUGCAUGGUGAACCUGGCAGGUGGUCUAUGCAUGAAAUGAAGAUUACCUGACAAACUGUUGUUUGGUCACUGAAGGUCUGAACUGGCUUUUAGGAAAUAAAAUGUGUACUUUGGCCACGCAAGCGUAAUCAAUACUGUUACUUUAAAGAUAUAUUAUGCUCUGAUAAAGCACAAUACAUACCACUUUAAAAGACACACACUAUAAACUGUUGCUACUGUAAAAUGUCUAUUUGUACAGAUUUUUGUAUGGAUUGUAUCUACAAAUAAAACGCACAAAUCAAUGUACACUUUUAUUCACACAUUUGCGGCUGUUAACAAGAGUAAAAGACCAAUUUUAUGUUUGUACAUUCCUCAAUAACAACGCGGUGGAAAUCAAUUGGAUGACACAAGUUUGGUGACAGGCUUAAACGACCAAUGAGAGGAAAGUUGGUGAAAAUAG